AUGAAGGCCACUUCUUAUUUUCCGCUAAUUCCGCUGCUUUUGCUGCUUGGCGGUGCCAUCGUCUGCAGCGCGAAAAAUGAGGUGCUCGGCCAGCCAACAGUCAGUUGCUCAGCAGACGCGAUCUACGUGAAAAUCCGUACACGCGAGACAUUCGCCGGCCACAUCACCGUACGAUACGCGCCGAAUACCGUGUGCUAUCAGGUGCUCGUGACGAACAACCAAAUCGAAGUCCUCGUCCCCCAUCAGGAUUGCGCGCUCCCGCGCAAGAGGCUUCACUCCCCGGAAGGUGUGGUCGUGUCCGCCGAGUUGGUCGUCUCCUUCCACCCCGAUUUCUUGACGAACGACGCCCUCGUCUACCGGUUCGAAUGUCGGCAUACACGGAAAGACGACGGGAAACUUGAAGCUGGCACCCAGCAGACGGCACUCACUGAAGACCCUCAUGCUCAUGAUGGACCGCUUUGCCAGUACAGGAUAAAAAGCUCGCAAAACGGCCAUCCACUACACUCGGCCUCCAUUGGUGAUGUGGUUUUUCACGAGUGGAGCUGCCAAAAUACGGGACCGGAUCAGUGUCUUCUUGUAAGAAGCUGCUUCUUUGUCACCCCCGAAACGAGAUAUCCGUUGGUAGAUGCGGACGGGUGUUCCCUGGAUCAAUACGUACUGCCGCAGCUGCACUAUUUUGAUCAUCGCCUGGUCGCACAAAACGUGUCGGUAUUUGGCGUGGCGCAAAGACCGGUCGUCUUUUUCGAAUGCGAGCUGGCGCUCACCGAACGCGAUGAUCAUGGGUGUCAGCCACCCGUAUGUGGCAAAGAUUCGACGGUCCAUAGACGAACCCCGAGGACCCUCCACUCGAUUGAGGCACAAUCCCAGCGGCUCGAGAUCUCGGAAAUGCACAACCCGCAUGAGACCGAUGAUAUGGCCCGUUCCCUCGACAUGGCGCUCGUCGAAUGUGCACAGCCGAACGAGGAGUCGAACUCGCGCCUCGUCUGCCUGUCGACACUAUCACUGGCUCUUCGCUCCAAGAUCAGAAUUGAACAAAAUCGUCCAAAGCCGAUUGAUCUCUUGAUUCGAUAUAUCGACUACGCGGAGGAGCCAAGUGACCUUUCGGAGAAGGAACGACAAGAAGAGUUUGAGCUAGAGGAACCUUCCAAG